AUGUCAUUGAUCCACGCCUCAAUUGAUUUCCAACCAAUACUUACUAAGGGUAAAGCAGUUUACCCCGAGGAAGAAAAAAAUGAUAACAAUUCCAAUCAAGUCAUCCCUUCUCCACCAUUGUCACCAAGCAAAACACCUACCAGUAUCGACAAUUCUUCCAUAUGCGAAACCCCUCAACCAUCAAUUACCACAUGUGUCAAACCCCAAACCCCAACUCCACAAAAGGACAAUGAUUUGAAACCACCGCAAUCCAGUUAUCCAAUGGCCAGUUUAAAAGACUUUUCCUUCAAAGUUAAUGCCUGGGAAAAAAUCCACGACUCAAACUACCUCAGCAAUUGCUCAUCUUUUCUUAACCAAUAUUACAUACUAAGCAGCAGGAAAGAGCUUGUGGCACCAAGAAGAGAAAUAAGGAAAAACAUCCCUGCCACUUCAAAUACCUCGAGCAAAAGAAAAUGUUAUCGUGAAUAUACUAGUGACUCGUUUUCGGACUCUGGCAAUGGUUAUGAAAGAGUUCGUACCAGAAGAAUUACCAAAGAACGAAACGGCAAUGGGUCUGCCAAUGAAGCCUCAAUUGCCAACAACAGUGAUAUUGAUGCCAUCAAUUCUCCUCCUCCAAAAAAGAGAAAAGUUAGAGAUCCUUCUACUCCGAAACCAAGCUUUGUUGAUUGGAAAUCAAUUCCUGAUUAUUCUCCAAAUAUUUCUACUUUGCCAGCAAAUAAUACCAGAUGUUUAUCUACCGAGUGGAAGGGUCAACCAAUGAAUUUAUCCGACGACCCAUUGGUUGAUAAAUUACACCCAGCCGAAGUGACAUUGGCUUCGAUUUUAAGAUUACCAUGCAACGUUUAUUUGGAUUCCAAAAGACGGUUGUUUGUGGAGAAAGUGACGAGAUUGAAGAAACAUUUGCCAUUUAGAAGAACUGAUGCCCAAAAAGCUUGCAGAAUCGAUGUCAACAAAGCUAGUAGGCUAUUUGCUGCUUUUGAGAAAGCCGGAUGGUUGAAUGAUCAUCAUUUCAAGAAGUUUACUUAG